AUGAAUGCUCAUGCAGUUGUUCCGAAUGUGCCCUAUAAAACUAUAGCUCUUUCAGCCAAUAAUGGUGCUUGGAUCCUUUGCGCAACUGAAGCAACUACUAAUGCUGCCUAUAGUAUAAGACUUGCGCCACCAUCCUCUGAGCUUUCUUAUCCUCCGUUCGGCACGUCUAUUAAAGGGAAAGGUCUAUCCAACAAUAGUGGAUACGGAUUUAUUGUUGGUAUAUACGACAAAACUGCCGAUAAAAUUUACCCAGAUACACAAUGUGGAAAUCCAAAUUAUGCUUGUUAUGCUGAUGACACUUUGGCCACAGGACCUAGCACCAACAUUUGUGUCGUCAUUGCAAACCCUACGUACAACAACGUGAUUCUUAAUGUCGUUGUUAGUUUCGCGAAGGAAAGCCCCUUCAUUACCAACGAUGUCAAUUCAAAUGCAGAUUUCUUCAAUUUUGGUGUUACGGAUAUUCCCGCUAAUGAAACAAUAACUAUCAACUACAAGGACUAUGUUACAACUGCUCAAUUGAGCAAAAGAUAUUAUAAAAAUUAA